AAAACAAACGGGCCUAUCCCUUCACUCCUUAGCCCUAAAAAAAAGAAGAAACCAAAUAUGGGUCAGGCUCACAGAUCCGCAAGUUUAAAGAAUGAAAGAACAACUCCUUAAUCUUACGGGACUGCAGCUGCGACAAACGACGGCGGACGUACUUCCAUCGUGCGGCGGCGGACCAUCUUCAGGCCGGAGGGGGCGGCAGACCUUCUUCCAGUGACAAGAAUAGUGAGGUUCUUCUCUGCUCUCUAGCCAUGGAUACUGGAAAGGAUGUGUCUCACAAGUCACACAGGAAGCGACAAUCUGGCCCUUCUGCUAAGAAGAAAUCCAAGUCAGAUGAAAAUAGAAAACAAAAAAAUCACAAGGCUUUUUCUCAUUCUGUAAAAGCAAAAAGACUACAAGCCCGAGAUGUUGAAAAAGAGCAACGCCGACUUCAUGUCCCGAAAAUUGACCGGGCCACCGGGGAGCCGGCUCCAUAUGUUGUUGUAGUUCAAGGGCCACCAAAGGUUGGAAAAUCACUGCUCAUAAGGUGCCUCAUCAAGCAUUACACAAGACAUAAUUUAACAGAUGUCUGUGGUCCUAUUACUAUUGUAUCAGGUAAGCAAAGGCGUUUGCAGUUUGUGGAGUGCCCAAAUGAUAUCAAUGGCAUGAUUGAUGUCGCAAAGUUUGCUGAUUUAGCAUUGCUUCUCAUUGAUGGAAGCUAUGGGUUUGAAAUGGAAACUUUUGAGUUCCUUAAUAUAUUGCAAAACCACGGGUUCCCUAAAGUUAUGGGUGUUCUCACACAUUUGGACAAAUUCAAAGAUGCAAAGAAACUCAGGAAAACAAAACAAGGAUUAAAACAUCGGUUCUGGACAGAGAUAUAUGAUGGAGCUAAAUUAUUCUAUUUAUCUGGUCUUAUUAAUGGAAGGUAUGCCGAUCGCGAAGUACAUAAUCUUGCAAGGUUUAUUUCUGUAAUGAAGUUUCCUCCAUUGUCAUGGAGACAGUCUCAUCCUUACAUCUUGGCUGAUCGUUUUGAAGAUGUAACUCCCCCUGAAAAAGUGCAUAUGAACAAUAAGUGUGAUAGGAAUGUUACUCUGUAUGGUUAUCUACGUGGUUGUAAUCUCAAGAGGGGAACAAAGGUGCAUAUUGCUGGUGUUGGUGAUUACAAUCUGGCUGGUGUUACAGCCCUACCUGAUCCCUGUCCUCUACCAAUGGCUGCCAAGAAGAAGGGUUUAAGGGACAAGGAGAAGCUGUUUUAUGCUCCAAUGUCUGGAUUAGGAGACCUUCUUUAUGAUAAGGAUGCUGUCUACAUUAACAUAAAUGAUCACUUUGUGCAGUUCUCUAAGGUGGAUGAUGCAAAUGCCAACAUAACAAAGAAAGGUAAGAAAAUUGAUGUGGGGGAAACUUUAGUUAAAUCACUCCAGAAUACAAAAUAUUCAAUCAAUGAGAAAUUGGAGCAGAGUUUUAUCUCUCUAUUUGGCAAAAAGCCCAAUACAUCAUCUACAUUUCAAUUGGAAGAUAAUAAAGUUGCACAAGAUCAAGAAACAGAUACCCAUAAUAUGGAUGAAUCCGAGUCUUUAGAUGGAGAGAAUAAUCUAGAUGAAGAACUUGAUAUGUUGGGAAAAGGAAAUGAUAGUGGACCAGAGCAAGUUCCUGCUUCAAAUAUUAGCUUUAGAGAGCAUCAUGAUUUUCAUGAUGGAAGACUGAGGAGAAAAGCUAUCUUUGACGAUGACAACAAUCUUGAUGCUGAGGAUGAAGAAGAGGGUAGUGAAGAUCGAGUUGAAGAAGAAUGUGAUGAUUCAGAUGAUUCUAGUGAUUCAGAUAACUCUGAUGAGGCGGAGGAAGAAUCUGAGCCUGAUGUAGCACCUAUACACUCAUUGGAACAUCCUGCAGAGGAGGGAGAUGUUCCUGAAGAUGAGUUGGGAAAUGCCUCAAGAUGGAAAGAGUCCCUAGCAGAACGAGCUUAUUCACGGCAGAGUAUUAAUCUUAUGCAACUUGUAUAUGGGAAAGCUGAAUCAAAUUCAGUUUCUGCCUUUGGUACUGAACAAAUCAGCGAGGAUGAUGAAAGCGAAGAUGAUCCAUUCUUUAAGCCAAAAGGGGAAGGAAAGAAGGGGAAAAAAGUUUUGUAUGGUGAUAAUCUCAAUGCCGAGGAUUGCUCUAAAAUCAACAUUCAAUCAAGUGAUAAAGGUUGGAAGGAUGAAGAUAUGAUUGAGAGCAUUCGUAAUCGUUUUGUCACCAAAGGUUGGUCAAGAGCAGCUGCUGCAGGUCUGCCUAUGGAAAGUGUCAUUGAUGAUGAUGACCAAGAUGUAUUUGGUGAUUUCGAAGACUUGGAAAUCGGGGAGAAAAUUAAGAGCUCACAACAGAUAAGCAACGUUUCUACUAAAAGUGAUGAAAUUGACGAAGCUGAGAAGCGAAGGCUCAAAAAGUUGGCUCUUCGUGCCAAGUUUGAUGCUCAAUAUCCUUCACUAAUAAAAUGUAUUGUCAUUAUUCUGCAUUUUUCUACAGUAAUUUAUUGGGGUUUUUUUACAAAUGGUUCUGUUCCUAUAGAAUGUUUGAUUGGCUACCAACAUUUGCCAGCCAUCUGUGAACUUAAUGUUUGCAUUAUGUUAUGCGUGUUUACACAAAUUAGUUGUGUUUGAAAAUUGGUGGACUUAACUCAAUCACACAAAUGACGAUCUGGAAUUAGCUGAUGAUGACAGUGAUGAUAAACCUGCAACUCACUCUCUCAAUCAAGCCAGCGUAUCUGGAUACUUUGACAAGUUAAAAGAGGAUAUUGAACUUCAAAAGCAACGAAAUAUAGCCGAACUAAAUGAACUUGACGAUGCCACUCGGAUAGAAAUAGAAGGGUUUAGAACAGGGAUGUAUCUUAGGCUUGAAUUUCAUGAUGUUCCCUUUGAGAUGGUUGAAUAUUUUGACCCACGCCAUCCUAUUCUACUUGGAGGGCUUGCUAUUGGUGAGGAAAAUGUU